AUGUUCAGAACUGCUCCUGCUCCUGCUCCUGCUGAACUCACCUGUACAGCAGGGGAACCUGGUACAGUGGCAGCUCACUUCACUUCACUUCACUUCACUUCUCAGCUCCACAGCCAAAACAGCCACAACAACAGCAACAGCAACAGCAACAACAGCAACAGCAGCAGCAACAACAACAACAACAACAGCAGCAGCAGCAGCAGCAACAGCAACAGCAGCAACAGCACCAACACCGCCAACAAUACCAACAACACCAGCAACGCCAACAACGCCAGCAACACCACCACCGCCAACGCCAACAGCACCAGCAACACCACCACCGCCAACAGCACCAGCAACACCACCACCGCCAACAACACCAGCAACGCCAACAACACCACCACCGCCAACAGCACCAGCAACACCACCACCGCCAACAACACCAGCAACGCCAACAACAACACCACCACCGCCAACGCCAACAGCACCAGAACACCACCACCGCCACCAACAACAACGCCGCCAACAGCACCAACAACGCCAACAGCAACAGCAGCAGCAUCAGCAGCAACUGUAGCAACAGCAACAUCAGCAGCAGCAACAACAACAACAACAUCAGCAACAUCAGCAACAACAACAAUAACACGUGUUUAUGCACAUUUAAUCGAGGCCCAGACAUCAUCAGCAUCUGGAACCUUAAAAAAUAACACCACCACCGUUAUCUAAUAUUCAUUUCGACCAGACUCGUUUUCUG